UCAUGGCUAAACUCCCGCGAGAUCUGGCAUUUUGGAUUGGGGUUUUCGAGUUGCCAAACAAUCGCGGGUGUGUUCGUGUUGCACACCGAUGAAUCACGUAGUUGCCCCUUUUUCGUUUGCAGAAACGCUUACGCUGUCUGGCACGCGCAGCAGGAGGCAAACAAGUCUAGUGCGACUCUUAAAACAACUGUGCGGCCGCUCACCUUUGGAACUGCGCAAUGCAGAGACUUCAGGUUUUUAAGGGGACUUUCUGUAGCUUGGAUGCCGUCCAACGGCAGCUCCUAAUAGGCUCAGCGGUGGCAGCAGGGGGGAUACUGGUGGCAUACAUAGUGCACAGAAGAAGACAAGUCCAAAGUAUUCCUCUUGGUGAAGGAUGGUGGGGAGCAGGAGAGAAGCCACUGUCAGAGGAUGAUAAAAUCUAUCCCUUUAAAGUGCAAACCUCAGAUAAAGAGAUUGAGGACCUUCAUGAGCGCAUUGAAAGAACCCGCUACACUGAUCCGUUAGAAGAUAGCUGCUUCCAGUAUGGCUUCAAUUCCACAUAUCUCAAGAAGGUGGUGUCCUAUUGGAGACACGAGUUUGACUGGAAAAAGCAAGUGGCAGUGCUCAACAAGUAUCAACACUUCAAAACUAAAAUAGAAGGAUUGGAUGUGCACUUCAUCCACGUGCGACCACCACACCGUGAGAAUCAGAAGGUUCUGCCACUUAUGCUCGUUCACGGCUGGCCCGGCUCCUUCUAUGAGUUCUACAAGAUUCUGCCACUUCUCACAGAGAACCAGGAUGGUGUCCUGUUUGAGGUCAUAUGCCCGUCUAUCCCUGGCUAUGGUUUCUCAGAAGCCCCUCAUAAACAAGGAUUCGACAGUCUCGCUGCUGCCCGAAUUUUCCUGACACUGAUGGAGCGUUUAGGAUUCUCCGAGUUCUACCUGCAGGGAGGUGACUGGGGCUCUCUCAUCACCACCAACAUGGCACAGAUGAAGCCUCAGUGCGUGAAAGGUCUCCACUUAAACAUGUGUAUGUCAACAAAGGGGCUCAAAGUGAUGUUUUCCCUCAUGAUUGGUCGUUAUCUGCCCUUCCUGGUGGGCUUCAGUCGGGAAGAUGUUCGCAGGUUGUUCCCUUUCUUCGAGAAAAAUGUCUGGGACAUCCUGAGGGAAAGCGGCUACCUGCACAUCCAAGCCACUAAACCAGACACUGCAGGUUUUGGAGUGAAUGACUCUCCUGUAGGCUUGGCGGCCUACCUUCUGGAGAAGUUCUCCUCCUGGACUGAUCUAAGGAACAGAGGUCUGGUGGAUGGUGGGCUGGAGAGGAAAUUCAGCCUGGAUGACCUUCUGACUAAUGUCAUGAUCUACUGGACUACAGGCUCCAUAGUCUCCUCCAUGCGCUUCUACAAAGAGAACUUUAAGAGUAAUCCUGACAAUAGAGUGGAUGCAAAGACAGGGAUAUUUGUGCCCACUGGACUUGCCGCCUUCCCUUGGGAGCUGAUGCACUGCCCUAAGGCCUGGGCGCAAAUUCGAUAUCGAAACAUCUACUCCUACACUUUCAUGCCUCGAGGUGGUCACUUUGCUGCCUUUGAGGAGCCCCAGCUGCUAGCCAACGACAUUGUCCAGUUUGUCAAAAAAGUGGAGGACAUCUGAACACUUGCACUCACAACUAUUAUUGCUGUUUAAUUUUGAUUGGUCAUUACAAAUGCAGAUUUUCACACUACAAUGCAUCUCACUGCUUGAUUGCCUCUAAAAUUACAGCACGGUCAAAUGCAUUUUCAGGUUUUGAUAAAUGUAAACAUAUACACAGAUACUGGCACUCAAAUGUAUCCAAAGAUUGGAUUAAAGAAAGCGAUACAAUGUAUUAUCUUUCAAGUUAUGCUCAUUAAAAAUAUAUUGCACU